AUGUAUAUUAUAACUUCGAUUAUCACAGUCGCCAUCGUCAUUCCAAUUGUUCAACUAGCUCGACCAUCGAUAAACUUAACAUUUACUCCCGAUGAGAAGUAUAUGUCACGUUAUGCAAAAGUCGAAAUACAAUGCGGACAAAUUCAACCAAAUGCUCAGAGCGAACCUCUUCAACUAUGGUACGUCGAUUAUAAAACUGGCAAACGUACACCCGUAUCGCGGACAUUAUUAACCGCACCAACGGAUGACGCACCGGAUGUGUUUAGGAAUCAUCAAAACCAUCGAUAUGAAUUCGUACGAAAGAAUCACAUACGUAUUCGAAGUUUACAGAUGGAAGAUUCAGCGAGAUAUGAAUGUAAUUGUCCUGAUUGUGAAGAAUCGAUACCAAAACAAACAAAAGAUUUGUAUGUGAUGCAAUUAGCAACACCAGUAUGGGUAAUUGAUUUGGGUGGACCAUUACAUGAAAAUACUAAGACAACAAUAAAAUGUCAAGUAGAUGAUUUUUACCCAUAUGUCCGACAUCGAAUUCUGCGCGAUCAAACAGAAAUUACUAAAGAUGGUAAAAGUGAUUUAUCGGACAGUAAUUCAUUUCCACAGAAGUUCGUCUGGCAAAUGACCAUCACACCAAAAGCUGAUUGGCAUAAUUCAACAUUAACUUGUUCAGUUAGACAAGGUAACACCGAACGAGUAGCAACUGAAACGCUUAACGUUUUAUUCACCCCAAAUUUUCUUGAUUGUUCCGAACGUCAAUUUGUCGAUCCUCGUAAAGAUCAAUCAAGUAUCGAAUGUUCGUACAAUGGAAAUCCUGCGCCACAAUUAACCUGGCUUCGUCAGUCCGAUCAAAGACUAGUAACAUCGGACGCUGGCAUAACGAUCGAAACGAAAGACGAAUCCAAAGGCAAAUAUCGAAGCAUCGUUACGUUUGACCGAAAUAAAUUAACAUCACUUCCAUUACCGCCGAUGAAAAAUGGCUCGGUAGAAAACUAUUACCAAUAUUUACUUAACAAUGGUUUUCUAGUAAAACUAACUGUUAAUGGCAAUGAAAAGGGCACGCGAGCUAUCAAAAUUGUCAAAGAUGCCCGUCAAGUUCAAUCGAAAGUAUCUAGCAGUUCAACAACGACAAUUUCAUUAGCAACUAUGAUCUUAUUAGCAUUUUCAUUACUAUUCGCUACUCUUCAUCGUUGA